AUGUAUAAAACCCCAUCAUGCUACACGUCCACACCCCCAUCAGGCUACAUGUAUAAAACCCCAUCAGGCUACAUGUAUAAAACCCCAUCAGGCUACAUGUAUAAAACCCCAUCAGGCUACACGUAUAAAACCCCAUCAGGCUACACGUAUAAAACCCCAUCAGGCUACACGUAUAAAACCCCAUCAGGCUACACGUAUAAAACCCCAUCAGGCUACACGUAUAAAACCACAUCAGGCUACACGUAUAAAACCACAUCAGGCUACACGUAUAAAACCCCAUCAGGCUACACGUACACACCCCCAUCAGGCUACACGUACACACCCCCAUCAGGCUACACGUACACACCCCCAUCAGGCUACACGUACACACCCCCAUCAGGCUACACGUACACACCCCCAUCAGGCUACACGUACACACCCCCAUCAGGCUACACGCAUACACACCCCCAUCAGGCCACACUGCAUAAAACCCCCAUCAGGCUACACGUACAAAACCCCAUCAGGCCACACGUCCGACAACCCCCCCAUCAGGCCACACGCCCACAAUUCCCAUCAGGCUACACGCUCCACAACCCCUCAUCAGGCUGCUACACGCCCACACCCCCAUCAGGCCAAGCACGCCCACACCCCCAUCAGGCUACACGCCCAACACCCCCAUCAGGCCACACGUACACACCCCCAUCAGGCUACACGCCCACACCCUCAUCAGGCUAA